CUCCAUUGCGUUCCCCUCAACUCUGCCCUGCACCUGAACAUCAGCCAUCACAUCUUGAGUUGUUAUUUUCCAUCUUUACUUUGGCAUUGUCCUCCAUAUUGUUAAUAUCUUCCGCCACAACUAAGAUGAGCCAGACCACGACGAACGCCUUAGUGGUAGAAGUUCCUAAGCGCGGAUCCCCCGCACUCGUGCAAAAGGCUGUGCCUUUACCAGCCCUCGCCCCGAACCAGGUCUUGGUCAAGGUAUCGACAGUUGCACAGAAUCCGACGGAUGUCCAGGCUUUUGACACGAAUGCUUUUGGUGAUGGGACUGUUCUUGGUUGUGACUUUGCCGGGACGGUUGAAGCUGUUGGUUCUGACGUGACUCAAGUUUCCAAGGGUGACACGAUUGCUGGGCUCAUCUGGGGAGGCGAAAUCAAGGGCCUUGGAGCCUACAGUGACUACACCAUCGCGGAUGAGCGCAUCUGCUUUAAAGUACCCCACAACAUCUCGCUCUCACAAGCAGCAACAAUCCCUCUGGCAUCAUUGACUUCCCUGUUGGCCCUUUUCUCAAAGGAUAGCUUAGACAUUGAUCCAAAUUCAGGAUCAGACACAACCAUCUUAAUCUGGGGCGGAACCUCCAGUGUCGGGCAAUACGCCAUCCAGAUCGCAGCGCUACAUGGGUUCAACGUCGUCACAACGUGCAGUCCUCAACAUUUCGAUCUCGUUUCAUCGCUAGGCGCACACGACGCUUUCUACUAUAGCGACCCUCGCGUCGUCGAGUUGAUCAAGGAAGCAGCGCCCGGACUGCGAUAUGGCUUUGACACGAUCGGCAAUGAGACAUCGUCUAUGCUCGGAUCCCUGGCUAUUAGCGAGCGCGGGGGUACCCUGUGCACCGUCAGGCCAGGCAAGGCGCAUACCGAAAAUGUGACAGAGCAGACCAAGGUCACCGAUGUUCUAGUUUGGACGGCAUUUUUGAAGGAACACAAAUAUCGGGAGUUCCACUGGCCGGCCAAUGAAGGUGACCACACCCUCGCAGCCGAAUUCUGCGAGAAACUCCCCGCUUUGAUCGAGGAAGGAAAAAUCAGGCCGAAUAAUGUGAAGAUCCUCCCUGGUGGACUCAGUGCAAUUCCAGCCGGGUUCCAGGAGCACCGUGAUGGAAAGAUCUCGGCCACCAAGGUCGUUUAUGAGUUGUAACCCAAUCUCCAAGGUCAGGCAUCGACGUCCCACGUUUGUAAGACAUGCGGGGAAGUCGUGGAAUUGGAAUUGCCAAUGCCUGGUCAACGGUACUGAGUGAGAAACAUAGCCAACGGAGCAUUGUGAAAAGAUAAUUGGAUGUGUUCAAUCAUAGAAGUGGGUUUUCAAGUCCAGGCCCCGGAGAGCCAUGAUCCGGCGAGUAGGCCAAAGUAAAGAACCGAGGCAUUCGGGGGGUGUGAUUGACUUUGCGGGGGUGCAAUCUCGAGGAUGUAAUUUUUCAAUUGGUGAUCUAGGCCGCUGUGGCUUAAUCUUAGGGAACAGGUUUGGUCUUGGCCACGGUUGUCAUGGAGGAUUACUGAUACAGCAAUGGGCGAAAGGGCGACUUUGGCAGAGGCGGAUAUCUAGACCGGGGUUCAUCUUAACGUGCAUACCGC